UUGUGGUGACUGAGAUAUUCUUUUAACUUUUACUGUGCUCUUGUCCUUACAUUUAAUUGCAUAAAUCUGUUAUUUAUUAAUCUAAGUGGUUACUGAAAAUAUUAUCAUUAUGACAACCGAUGUAAUGGUAACAUUAAAAGAGCCAAGAAUGAUAAAAAUAUGUGCUCCGAUGGUCAGAUACAGCAAACUACAGUUCAGAACACUUGUGAGACGAUAUGGAUGUGACAUAUGCUUUACACCCAUGAUUUUAGCAGACUCAUUUGUGCAAUCUUCAAAAGCUAGGGAUAAUGAAUUUACCACGCACGAAGGAGAUGAGCCACUGAUUGUUCAAUUUGCAGCUAAGACUGUAAACGAUUUUGUUGGUGCUUCAGUGAUGGUUGCACCAUAUUGCAAUGGUGUAGACCUAAACUGUGGCUGUCCACAGCGUUGGGCCAUGCAAGAAGGUUAUGGGGCUAAUUUAUUAAAAAAACCAGAACUCAUUAAGGAUUUGGUGUAUCAAGUUAGAAAUCAUAUUCCAAAACCAUUCACUGUUUCUGCAAAGAUACGACUGUUGAAAGAUAUACGUAAGACGAUAACAUUGUGUCAAACUUUGGAAAAGGCUGGUGCCUCGUUCUUAACAAUUCAUGCAAGAACGCCUGAAAUGCGUAAUGAACCAAUCGAUUUGGAUAAUCUUAAACUUCUUAGAGAUUGUAUACAGUUACCCCUCAUAGCAAAUGGUGAUGUGAAAAGCUUAGAAAAUGCAGAAUUUUUAUUCAAAGAAUCCAGAUGUGAGGGAGUGAUGUCUGCUAGGGGUAUUUUAACUAAUCCGGCGUUAUUUUCGGGAUAUCCUGUCACUCCACUCGUUUGCGUUCAAGAUUGGUUGAACAUUACAUCGACUAUGUCAACUGAAUUUCAAUGUUUCCAUCAUCAUCUGGUAUUUAUACUCUGCGGCAAUGGGUUGAAAGUAAUUGUUGUCUGCUUUAUCGCAUUGACUUUUGCCAUUACUACUAUGCUGAUGUUACAAAUUCUAUAUACAAAAAGUAUACCACAGAGUAGUCUUCAUAGCAUUCAUGGAGCAGUCGCCACAGAUUAUUCCAAUUGUUCUCAAAUUGGUACAAAGAUAUUAACAAGAUUAGGCAAUGCAGUUGACGCUGCAGUAGCAGCUACUAUUUGCAUGGCUGUAGUAGCACCUCAUAAAACUGGUUUUGGCGGAGGUGGAUAUAUAAUAAUAUAUAAUUACAAGAAUUACACUCAUCCAAUUGUCAUUGAUUUUGCCAGUAAUACAACUACAGGUUUCUUUGCUGAAGUUGGAAUACGUUUACCAGCUGUAUUAAAAGGAUUAGAGUUUGCUCAAAGAGCAUAUGGCAAUUUGCCAUGGCGCAAUGUCAUAGAACCUACCAUCGAGCUAGCUCGAGAAGGAUUUGUUAUAUCUAAGGAUCUUGCAGAUGAAGUGUCGAAAACAGAUUAUGAAAUAUUUUCCACUGGCCCUUUAAAUCCAGGUGAUAGAUUGCAAUUGCAGGAACUUACAAAGAUGUUGGACAUUGUAGCACAUUAUGGUGCACAAGCAUUAUACAACAGUACUGAAAAUUAUGAAAUUCUACAAAAUACUACUCUUAAUGACAAACUGCUGCAACAGUUGGCAGAUUAUGAACCCACUGUAACGAUGGCAGAAAGCUCGAUAUUGCAUCGUCAUACAAUUUAUUAUCCUGUUCACGCAUCUUUUAUGCAAGAGGUGAUCAAAGCACUGGAAAAUCUUUCAAUUUUGGCAGAAAAUGCGUCUACUAUAGAAUCUCAAGCUCUCGUUGCUCAAACGUUGAUGAGCGUAUCUUUGCAAUCUUCUCAAUCUUUGCAAUAUGAAGAAAAAAGAGAAACAUAUACCGGAGUUAUGGCAAUGGAUUGGCAAGACACUUAUGUUAGCAUUUUAACUGGUCUAAGUUCACCUUUCGGUCAUGGAAACAAAAUGGAUGGAUUUCCCUUUUUCUUAGACAAUAUUGAUAACGAUGACUUGUCCAUGUUUAUCCCUAUUAUUUUUCAUCAUAAUGAAAAGUUAUGCGGAUUACGUGGAGUGUUGGGUUCAAACGAUGUUUUUCUUAACGGUCAAAUUCUCUACAAUCUUAUCGUACGUGCGUUAAAUGUUUCUGCUGCGAUAGAAUAUCCCAGGUACUAUUUUGCAGCUGACGGUAUGGUGAUUGAAAAUAAUCAAAGACAUUCGAUGGAGGUUGCAUUGCAAGCUCAAUUAGAUUCCAUAAUAUCGUCAUUAUCUCAUGACGAUAUCUCAUCGAUAAGAAGUGUGAAUGCAAUUGUUAAAAGAAAAGAUUCGCUAUCGAGCCACUCGGAUAGUCGUGGAAAUGGAAUUGCAUCACGAUUUUAAGUCAAAUACGUUUUAUUACAAGCAUUAAAUAAAAGGAA